GCUCGCCUGAACUCGUGGCGGUGGCGGCCGGGAUGCCGUAGUAGUAGCAGUAUGGGCUAGCCAGCUGUCAGAGGGGCUCUGCGCAAGAGCCAUGCUUCGGAGGGUGCUGCGGACCGGCCUGGGCCGGAGCCUCUUGAUCCGGGAACUAGGCGCAAGCAGUGGCAAGGGUAGAAAUGUGUCGGAGAUGAAGAAGAAGAUCCGGUCGCUCCUGCCUGGAGAGCCUGACAACUUCAUGUAUGACACCAGGCACCUGCCCCCCGAACGCUCCGAUGUGGUGAUUGUCGGGGGCGGAGUGAUUGGCCUGUCCGUGGCCUUUUGGCUGAAGAAGCUGGAGAAGAGACGAGACGGCAUUAGGGUGCUGGUGGUGGAACGAGACCAGACGUACUCAAGGGCCUCUACAGGACUUUCCGUGGGCGGGAUUCGUCAGCAGUUCUCCGUACCUGAGAAUGUGCAGCUCUCCCUCUUUUCAGUCGACUUUCUACGGAACAUCAAUGAGCACUUGGCUGUGGUCGAUGCCCCUCCCGUGGACCUCCAGUUCAACCCCUCAGGUUACCUCUUGCUCGCUUCAGAAGAGGGUGCUGCCAUCCUGGAAAGCAAUGUGAAAAUGCAGAGGCAAGAAGGGGCCAAAAUUUGUCUGAUGUCUCCUGAGCAGCUUCGGAAGAAGUUUCCCUGGAUAAACACAGAAGGGGUGGCUCUGGCAUCUUUCGGGAUGGAGAACGAAGGUUGGUUCGACCCCUGGUCUCUGCUUCAGGGGCUUCGGCGAAAGGUUCAGUCAAUGGGAGUCCUCUUCUGCCAGGGCGAGGUGACACGUUUUGUCACUUCAUCAAACCGCAUGAGGAACUCAGCUGGGGAGGAGGUGAACCUGAGAAGAAUCCAUGAAGUCCAUGUCAAGAUGGACAACAGCCUGGAGUACCAGCCAGUAGAAUGUGCCAUUGUGAUCAACGCCGCAGGAGCCUGGUCUGGGCAGGUCGCGGAGCUGGCUGGUAUUGGGAAGGGGCCGCCCGGCACCCUGCAGGGCACUAAACUACCUGUGGAGCCGAGGAAAAGGUUUGUGUACAUGUGGCACUGCCCGCAGGGGCCAGGCCUGGAGACGCCCCUGCUUACAGACACCAAUGGAGUCUAUUUCCGCCGAGAAGGAUUGGGUAACAACUACAUAGGUGGCCGUAGCCCCACUGAGGAGGAAGAACCAGACCCAGCAGACCUCGAAGUGGACCAUGACUUCUUCCAGAACAAAGUGUGGCCCCAUCUGGCCUACCGGGUGCCAGCAUUCGAGAGCCUCAAGGUUCGCAGUGCCUGGGCUGGCUACUAUGACUACAACACCUUUGACCAGAACGGUGUAGUGGGCCCCCAUCCGCUGGUGGUCAACAUGUACUUUGCUACGGGCUUCAGCGGCCACGGCCUCCAGCACGCCCUGGGUGUGGGGCGAGCCGUGGCCGAGAUGCUGCUGAAUGGCCAUUUCCAGACCAUCGACAUGAGCCCCUUCCUCUUCAGCCGCUUCUACUUAGAGGAGAAGCUCCUGGAGCAGAAUAUCAUCUGAGCUCUAGAGCUCCGCAUGGGGCCUCACCGCCCAAGUCCUCCGAGCCGUGUGCCAGGGCUUCUGUCCCUCCCUCCCACCCUCUCGCUCUGGUCGGGCAGCCCAGUGAGCACAGGCAGUGAGCCCCAGACCAGAAGCAAGGGGCAGGGCAGGACUGUUGGCCUGAUCUUUAGACAGGCCCAUGCCUCCCAAGGCAGCCAGAGCCUCAGGUCCUGAGCUCCCGGCCCAGAUGCACUGACUUGUCUGUGACCCCAGGCAUUGACCCAUAAACGUGAUGAACCCCUUCACUGC